UUAGAACACAAUUAUAGGUUAUAUUAUGAUAUUUCGUUAUUUAUACGUUCAUAAUUAAACAACAAUUUAUUGAAUUAAACACGAAUGGGUAACGAUAAAAAACGCAGGUCUCGCAGCCGCGAGCGCGAGAAGGACCGAGAACGCGAUAAGGAACGAGAAAAGGACAGGAGGAAGAGAUCCCGUUCUCGGAGUCGAGAGCGUGAGUUACGCGAAUUGCGCGAGAAAGAAAGGAAUCUGGACAGGCACAAGAGGCGACGAUCCCGUUCCCGAGACAAGGAUUACCCCGCCGGUAAAUACCGCAACGAGAAAUACGACGAAAAAGAUAAAAAACACAAAGACGUAGCUAAAAAGGAUGAAUUAGAAGAAGACGAGACUAAAGUUAAAGCGGAUAUUAAGGAGGAUAUUAAGCUCAAACAAGAGUUAGUUAAAAAAGAGCCUUUAUCAUUGGAAGAACUAUUAGCUAAGAAGAAAGCCGAGGAAGCCGCUAAGAGUAAACCCGUGUUUCUUACGAAAGAACAACGGGCAGCGGAAGCUUUGAAGCGCCGUCGCGAAGAAGUCGAUUCGAAGCGAAAGCAGCAAGAGGAAGAACGCAAAAUCAUUCAAAGUUUGCAGCACACCAGAGAAACGGAACAGAAAAAAGACGAUCGAGAUCACAGGAGGCCCAGAGACAGAGAACGAGAAGAGGAGAAAGAAAAAGACCGCGACAAGGAAAAGGAGCAAGACGCUAUAAAAGAACGAUAUCUGGGACUCAUCAAGAAAAAGAGACGCGUUCGUAGAUUAAACGAUAGGAAAUUCGUCUUCGAUUGGGAUGCCGGCGAAGACACUUCUUUGGAUUACAACAAUUUGUACAAGGACAGACAUCAAGUACAAUUUUUCGGAAGAGGUAACUUAGCUGGUAUAGACAUAAAAGCUCAAAAACGGGACCAAAGUAAAUUCUACGGUGAAUUGCUAGAGAAACGGAGAACCGAAGCGGAAAAGGCCCAAGAGAAGGUGCGUUUGAAGAAAAUGCGGAGGCGCGAAGAGAAGCAACUUUGGGACGAUCGACAUUGGACUGAAAAAGAUUUACCGGAAAUGACCGAAAGAGACUGGCGUAUCUUCAGAGAAGAUUACAAUAUUACCAUCAAAGGUGGUAAAAUACCGGAACCGAUCAGAAACUGGAAGGAAUCCGGCAUACAAAAGGAGCUGAUCGAAAUCAUCGAUAAAAUCGGAUACAAAGAUCCCACGCCCAUUCAACGACAAGCCAUCACCAUCGGCAUGCAGAACAGAGAUAUCAUAGGCGUUGCGGAAACUGGUUCUGGAAAGACCUUGGCUUUCCUCAUACCGCUGCUAUCCUGGAUACAAAGUUUACCGAAAAUCGAGAGAAACGAAGACGUAGAUCAAGGCCCGUACGCCAUCAUUUUGGCGCCCACUCGUGAAUUGGCCCAGCAAAUCGAAGAAGAAACCGUUAAGUUCGGUACACCUUUGGGUAUCAGAACCGUGGUGGUCGUGGGCGGUCUCAGCAGAGAAGAACAAGGAUUCAGAUUACGAAUGGGAUGUGAAAUUGUCAUAGCCACUCCGGGUCGUCUCAUAGAUGUGUUAGAAAACCGGUACUUGGUACUCAACCAAUGUACUUACAUAGUACUGGACGAAGCGGACAGAAUGAUCGAUUUGGGUUUCGAAGCGGACGUACAAAAAAUCCUGGAUUUCAUGCCAGUCACCAAUCUUAAACCGGAUUCCGAGGAAGCUGAAGACAGCAAAUUGCUCUUGGCUAAUUACAACAGUAAGAAAAAGUACAGGCAAACCGUGAUGUUCACGGCUACUAUGCCUCCGGCCGUGGAGCGUCUAGCCAGGACAUAUUUGCGAAGACCGGCCGUUGUUUACAUCGGUUCCAUCGGUAAACCGGUCGAAAGAGUGGAACAAAUCGUGCAUCUUAUGGGAGAAAACGACAAACGAAAGAAACUCAUCGAAUACCUAUCGAGAGGCAUCGAACCGCCCGUUAUCAUAUUCGUCAACCAGAAGAAGGGAGCCGACGUGCUGGCUAAAGGUCUGGAGAAACUGGGCUACAAUGCUUGCACAUUGCACGGAGGUAAAGGCCAGGAACAGAGAGAAUACGCGCUGGCAAGUCUCAAGUCCGGUGCUAAGGAUAUACUCGUGGCUACGGACGUAGCCGGUCGAGGUAUUGACAUCAAAGACGUGUCUAUGGUUAUCAACUACGAUAUGGCGAAAACUAUCGAAGAUUAUACACAUCGUAUCGGUCGAACGGGUCGUGCUGGUAAAACAGGUAUCGCUGUGAGUUUCUGCACCAACGACGACUCGGCGCUUUUCUUCGAUUUGAAGCAGAUGCUUCUGUCAUCGCCCGUUUCUAAUUGCCCGCCGGAGCUGAUGAACCAUCCGGAAUGCCAGGCCAAGCCCAAUCAGCCCAAGAGAAGACGGGACGAGAUGAUUUUUGCCUAAAUAUUACAUGUUUUUUUAGUGGCAUUAAAAAUUAAUUUUCCUUAUAAUUACCGUUCCAUUUACAAACAAACUACGGGUAAAUUAAACGCGUCGCUUAUUGAGAAAUGUACAAACUUAAAUUACAAUGUAAUUAAAUGAGAGUAAGUCUAUAAAAAAAUACAAUUAGAAAGGUAAUUAGUGGUCCUCAUGCGUUGGUAGAAGUGGCCAGAGGAUUCCUGACGACUAAAAUAACGGCGUCUCCUCGCAGGAACAUCUUCGAGAUGAACCGAUCUUUGUUAACUGGCUUGGCUUUCUUGCGGCCCUUACCGGGUCUGGGUAAUUCGGUCCACAUUUCCUUCACGUUCUCCAGCACCAUGUUGCAAUGUCUGUCGAAGGCUUUCACUCUGCCCAGGAGUUUUUUGUUGUUCCUGCAGUUUAUCAGCACCUGCGUGUUGUUUUUCACCGAUUGCGUGAGAACGGACAAGGGGCCGGUGUUGAAUUCCUCCUCUUCGCGGGCCUGCAGCUCUUCCGCUGUCAUUUCCGAUUUCGGUUUCGUUAGAGCCAUUUUCUGGUUUUAGAAUAUUACAGGAAUUGGCAAUAAAUGAACGGUUUUUUGUAUAAUUAUCAAUUGGAAAUGUUGGUUUUUAGGU